GCUGUCUUCUGAUCAGCAGCAAAAACAAGCAGGGCGACCUGGAGAGCGCUCGGUGUCGGUUCUCAGUCAUCCAGGUCAUCGAAAACCAUAGGUGCUAAAGAAGGCAACUGGACUUGCUUGAAAUCCAUGAAGACAUUUCACCUCUCAUCUGAAAGGCUUCUUCAGUUCUGUCUGACUAGUGAAGAGUUCCAGGAAAGAAGAACAGCCAUUCUGUGACUGUUAGUGUCCAUGCGACCAACAACUGCAGGCUGAAACAUAACGUUGCAGUUGUGGAGGGGUUUGGCAUCCAGAGCUGGACAGUACUAGGUCCUUUAACUGUGAGAGACAGAAGGAAAGAUGGAGCUAGACAUGGAGGAUGAAAUGGGACGCACUCUGGUUCAGGUCAUCAGUGAGAAGUACAACCCAGACAAUUUCUCAUACUGCCGUGGGCCUGGUGCCGGUGUAGUGAUCUGCACCAGUCCUCAGGGUUCUCCUGUCAAAGAUCGUCUGAAUCUGCCCAGUGUGCUGGUUCUGGACAACUGUGGAAUAAGUCAUGCUGGAGAUGAGGAGGAAGUGGCGACAUUCUGCACUCAUGUGGUGGAGUUGGACCUGUCUCACAACCAGUUCAGAGAUUGGGGAGAGAUCAGUAAGAUUCUAUCGAACAUCCCUCAUUUGAACUUUCUCAAUCUGAGCAUGAAUCCUCUGAAGGGCUCCACCCUGGAGCCGGGGGGUGCUGAAGCUUUCUCAGGCCUCCGCCACCUCGUCCUCAACAACACACAUAUCUCCUGGGACAUGGUGCACAUGCUCACACAAGAGAUCCCUGAACUGGAGGAGCUCUUCCUGUGCUUAAAUGAGUACAAGCGUGUGAACUUGUCGCGGGUUCCCUGCCCUUCUCUGCACCUGCUGCACAUAACUGAUAACCUGCUGCAGGAUUGGAACGAGGUGCGCAAACUGGGCCUCCUGUACCCGCGUCUGACAUCGCUCAUCCUCGCUAAUAACUCUCUUUCCUCCAUCCACGAGCCUGACGACUCACUGCAGUGCCUGUUCCCGAAUCUGCACCGUAUCAACCUGCACAACUCCAGUCUGAGUCACUGGGAGGACAUUGAGAAGCUCAAUUUCUUCCCAAAGCUUCGGGAGGUUCGUCUACAGGACAUUCCCUUACUGCAGCCUUACACUGGCCAAGAGAGACGAUACCUUACGAUAGCACAUUUGCCUGCUGUGACCGUUCUGAAUGGAAGUGUAGUGACAGACGGAGAAAGAGAGGAUGCUGAACGCUUCUACAUCCGUUAUCACCUGGACUGUCCUGAGGAUGAGUUACCACAGAGGUUUCACAAUCUUGUAGCCCGUUAUGGGCGCUUAGAACCACUGGCAGAUGUAGAUUUGCGUCCACUGAGCUGUGUCCAGGUUGAGCUGCACUUUGAGGACAACACCGAGCAGCUGGAGCUCCGACUGAAGCAGACUGUGGCCGACCUCAAGAAGCAACUCAGGCCUGUGGUGCAGCUGCCAGUCAACAAGAUGCGCGUCUACUACAUUGACAGGCAGCUGGGUUACGCACUAGCACCUCAAGAGCUCAAAUAUGGAGCCCGAGCCCUUCAUUCCUACAGCAUACGAGAUGGAGAUGAGAUCCUGGUAGUGCCAAAGGGUCAGUGAAUAAAGUGACAUGAUCACAGAGAAGGGACCAAGGGAAGGGAAGAAACAAAUAAAGAUCUCCCAGUAAAGCCAGUGUAAACAUUGAGUUCCAAAUUAAUUUAUAAAUCAUUGAACCAUGCUGUCUUGUAGGAAGUCAGAAAGAUGAGGGCUGUGUGACCUAAAAGCUGACCAUUUACAGUGUUGAAACUGGGAGAUCUAGUGCUGUUGAGACUAUGAAUUGAGAUAUAACCUCUUCUCUUCUUGCUACACUUACUUUUGAAGACAAGGGUCAUUGAUGGGUUUUUUUUCCAAAGAUAGCCAAGAUUUCAAAGUUGUUGGUUUUUUUUUUUUUCCUGUUUAUAAUUUCUUGUGUUACACAUACAAUAUGUGAAUGUGCAUGAGACUGCUUCUUAGGAACAACAAAUCUAAUGCAUUUCCAAGUAAUAGUUUUCCCACUUAUUGUCGACAAUACCUAUUAUUUUUAAGACACACAUCCUAUAUUACAAGCAUUUCAGUCUCACUGAAUAUGUGUAUACAUAUCUCAGUGUUUUUUUAAUUCACCAAUGUCUUGUUUUAAACACACCAGUCAUUAAAAUCAGAUCCAGCUAAUAAAAGCUUGCAUAGUGAUUUUGACUUAGUGAGUCUGAUCUGGCCUCAUGCUAUAAGAUACAGUUUUCCCUUAAAGGCAGGGUAGGUAAUUUAUCUUAGAAGCAUUUUUGUUCUAUUUCUUGAAAUUCUCUUUACAUCCGGACAGCAAUAAAUAAAUCAAAUACUCUGACGAUAAAAAGAUAAAAAUCCAUCAUUUAUGGCAGUCACAGGGCUGUAAAAAGCCCAUCCAGUCAUUUUCAUUUGGUCCAUAUGAAUUUAUUGGAUGGCCUACCUGCUGGUCUACUUAGCUACCUGCCUAGCUGCACACAUUCUGUCCAUCAACUCUGUGCAUGUGACCAGUCUCUUUCACAAAGCUACAGUGGUGCUUCAAAGUUUGUGAACCCAUUAGAAUUUUCUAUAUUU